UGGAGCGGUCCAUUGGGAUCGAGGCCGGGCGAUCCUCAGCCAGCGGCGCGAACGAUCACGUGGCCGGGGUUAUCGCGAGGGAAGCCGAUCCAUCAAUGGCGGGCGCAUCGCUGGGGGCCGUCAUCACUUGUCGCCACAAGCGCCCGCGAGCUCCCUCCCUGUUUCCCAGUUGCUCCUCCUCCCUCCCUGGCGCUAUGCUGCCUCGUCCCUGUCAAUCCCCCGGCCGUCAAUCUGCUCUGAGCUGCUAAAGCUCCACUUGUUUCAACCUCCCCCGCCUCGGCGUCGUCUCGCUUCUUCCUCUCUCCGUCGCCGGUCACCUACCGCCACGAACCACUGGGGAUCAUGUCGACUGGGGCUCCCAUGUCCAUGGUGGAUACGAUUCCUCAGGUACAUGGUCUCGGGCAUAGUCGUGGUCAUGGUCACUCUCGCUCAUCUCGCUGGUCACAAGGGCCUAUCUCCUUCUCAGCGUCAUCCUUAGAUGCUGCCUCGGCGCAACCACAGCCCCCACAGCCUCUACCGACUUCACCCCCUACCAAUGGCCAUCCGGUCAACCCAACGUGGCACGAACACCAUCAUUCCCAUUCACACUCACACUCACACUCACAUUCCCACUCACACUCGCACUCACAUUCGCACUCAUCAUCCCAUAAUGUAUGGGAGCAACAUACCCACCAUGGGAGUCUUGACUCGAUCAAUCACAGCAAGAGUGAAAGCGUGACGGGGAUCAUUGGAGCUCAGUCACUCAGCAAUUCAAUUGAGCUCCAAUCCAGCACAAUUCAAGACGUUUCCUCUGGCCUCCUCCUAGCCUUACCGUGGAUCGCCUUAUCCUGGUAUCAUCAACAACAUGCGCAUUGGCAGACGGCUCCAUCGGUAACAGAUGAUACCAAUGCGUCUAGUGCAGAUAGCGGAGGGCUCGAGCAGGUCGCUAGCAAGACCUUCAUGUUGACUGCGGUUACGUUGAUACUAUAUGGAUGUGGACAGCUGGUUCGAGGGAGCGGCUCAGGAGUUACACUACCCAAAUUGGGCUCCAGCGCGGCAAGUGCUGUCUGUCUGCAUGCAGCCUCUAUUGCAUUGCCGAUAUACGCGGCAUUGAAAGUGGGGGGAUUUCUUAUCGCAUGCGCCUUGCUGCUUACGGUAGCGUCUGGAAUGCCGACCAUUGUUCAAGGCUAUGGCCUCCACAGUAGUGCGCAGUCCCGCUUGAGCCAGAAGAAAGUCACGGCUGCACUUCUCGCCACCAUUGUUUUUCUAAGCCUUUGGGGCAUGAAUUCGACGCGAGACCCUCAUCCAUUCUUAGGUUACGUCUCCCUGCUCGUUUCUGUCUUCGUUAUCCGGCCUCCCUUUUCAGGUGCUCACUCGAAGUCUGUUGAUCUGGAUGUUUCGACAUCCAAUGGUGCAGUCUCUCAAAAACUCUCAAAGCAGGGAUAUGGCAAAGUUUCGGCUAGUGAUCCAGUUCUGGCUAUCCUUUCUGGAAUCGUUCUGGCACUUCUUACAGUCGUUGUUUCUGGCAAUGCGUCUUUUGGAGCUUCAGACGUGAUGUACCAGCUGGCAGCUGCUGGAACAUUUGCAACCUGUCUGAUAUUCCUUGCUCCCUUUCAUCUACGCUCACCCCACAAGAUUGGCCUGGCCGUUGGAACCGCAGUUGCUGCACUGCUUUGCUCUCCACCACUACAAGACAAGAUUCACCUCGCUUAUGUGUCACGAGCCAUUGCGACUGCGGCCUCGUUCCUUGCCGCGAGAUUCGAUGAUAGGCAAUUGCGCCUUUCACCGUCCCAUACCCAUCACCAUCACCACCACGCGCACUCUGGAAGUGAUGCUUCGGCAGUAACGAAGCUCAUCCUCCGCUACAGCGAGCCAUAUCCCCUUUUGUACAGUAUCCUCAAGGAAAGCGACUCGCGCCGCAUCUUCUACUUUAUGAGUCUUAAUUUCGCCUUUAUGCUUGUGCAGCUGUCAUAUGGUUUCUUGACGGGAUCUCUGGGUCUCCUUAGUGACAGUAUUCAUAUGUUCUUCGACUGCCUUGCGCUCGUGGUUGGUCUCAGUGCUGCUGUCAUGAGUAAAUGGCCACCGAGCUCCAGGUUUCCCUACGGAUAUGGAAAAGUUGACACUCUCUCCGGGUUUGCCAACGGCAUCUUCCUUAUGAUCAUAAGCAUUGAGAUCAUCUACGAAGCGGUUGAGCGACUCUCCUCUGGCAGUCAGAUGCACCGCCUCGGCGAAUUGCUGGCUGUCAGUGUUGCUGGUCUCCUCGUCAACCUUGUCGGCAUUAUGGCUUUCGACCAUGGGCACGCACACGGACACGAUCACAGUCACGGGCACUCGCACGGGAACGAGAACAUGCACGGUAUUUUUCUACACAUUCUCGCCGACACGCUUGGCUCUGUGGCUGUUGUGAUCUCGACCAUCCUCGUGCACUACUCUGGCUGGCCAGGGUUUGAUCCCAUCGCGUCCUGUCUGAUUGCCAUCUUGAUCUUUGCCUCGGCAAUUCCACUUGUCAGCAGCACCGCCAAGACUUUGUUGCUCGCGCUGCCAGCUGACAUCGAAUACAAUGUCCGUGAAACCCUCGCUGGCGUCAGUACCUUACGGGGCGUUGUCGGGUACACCGUCCCGAAGUUCUGGCUGGACGAUACGGGGAAGGAUUCCGGCCACCACCAUGGCCAUGACCAUGGCUGCAGUCACGGUCACGAUCAUAGCCACAGCCACAGUCACAACCAUAGCCACGACCACGAUCACGAUCACAGUCACAAUCACGAUCAUGACCACGGCCAUAACCACGCUCAUACACACAGUCACGACCAUCACCACAGCCACGAUGAUCACGACCACCAUGACACGCACACCCCCAAUGUCCUCGGCGUAAUCCACGUUAUCGCCUCCCGCAGUUCCGAUCUCGAAGACGUCCGCCAACGCACCGUGGACUUCCUCCGUGAAAAAGGCAUGGAAAUUCUCGUCCAAGUCGAGCGCGAAGGAGACGGUCGUUGCUGGUGCGGCGGCGGAAAUAAGAACCCAUAAUCUCGUCAUCUACCUUUCUCUACAAGAACACACACAAACUUUGGUUAAGUCGGUAGAUAGAUCAGACCGUCCAGCUACCGGGGUCUUUUUCUCUUUCUAUUCCUUUCACCCUAGCUCAUUCCUCGUGCACCGUUCUGGUCUAUGCUUUUAUUGACAACCUAGGGGGCACUUGCGGGAUUCGAACUCCUUCUCUAUACAUAUGUCUAAGUAGGCUGUUUCCUGGGAUGGUUAUGGUUAUGUAUAUGUAGGGAAAGCAAACAAGCAAUGCAAAUACUAC